AUGGAGCUGCCCAAUACUCCCAAUGUGCUGGAGCCUUCCGAGCCGCCAGAGGGGUUCAUCCGCUCGUCCUCUGACGUUUCCGGAGAAGAGGUCAGUGGCAUUCGUUCCAUGCCGUAUCGACAUCGCCCAAGCCAUAGAAGUCGGCCCAGUCAUCACUCGGCUCAGGAUUCGGAGUCCGAAAUGGACAGGAGCCCCAGCCUCGCCAACUUGGAUUCACUCCUUCCCGGUCUCAAGGAGAUGCCAUCGGCGAUGAAACAGAUUAAGAAGGCGCUUGCCAAGCUGCAGUCGCAAAGCGACCAGCUAUUGCAGGCCCAACUUGACAGCCGGACCGCACUGUCGAGGCUCGAGAGCAAUCUGAAUGCCGGUGUUGGCCAGGUGGCUGCCGGCCCUGCCGUAGCAGCGGCGCCAAGGUUCACCCCUGCAGCCGCGAAUCCAUCGUUUGCCGGUCGGAUGGCUCUCACGCGGCAAGCUUCCAGGGGAAACAUGGACGGCCUUGGUGAUCCCAAGGUCGAGACCAAGACUCUUGGCUUGCCGCAGGACGCGGCCCAGACUGCCAGCGCAGGCAUGAUGGCUGCCAUGCGACGCACUAGUGUUGCGAUCGGGAUGGGAGGUGGCCCUGUCCUACAGCGCCCUGCGGCCCAAGUUCAGGUCCAGGUUCCGGCCGCAGUGCCGCAGAUGCCGCAAAGCACUCGCCGGGCCUCCCUCGCCUUCAACAACAAUGGCCAACCAGCGCUUGCGCCGCCGCCGGUGCAGAUGACGCCUAUCAUGCCUUCGUUCCAAGAGGAGGAAAAUGAAAACUCCGACGAUGACUCGAGCCCACUGGGCUCGCCUGUCGCGAAGGAUUCGGAAGACGAGGAAAACGAAGUGAAGGCAAAUUCUCAGGAGCAGGCUGCAGUUCCGAGCAAGCCGCAGCACAAGGUGCAGCUGACGAUAAAAGAGAAGGACGACGAAGUGAUUUCGUUCACGCCAUCCUCGAUCGGUGGAUCUGAGCAGGGCUCCCGGCAUCAGUCCUGGACACUCCGCGGCAUGCAGCCCACGGACAGCUCCGAGGCGAAUCGGCUCAGCUCCAUGCGCAGCAGGGCGUGGCAGGAGGAUGACGGAGACGGUGCGGCAUCUACUCCCAGGAGCAGGUUUCUGCUGAUGCCAGACACUAUGGUUAGCCUCUGUUGGAACAUCAUCAUGCUGCUGUGCGUCAGCAUGAUUGCGGGGCUGAUCCCUAUCCAGUUGGCAUAUCUCUGGGGCGAGGAACUUCCUCCCGACUGGGGCAUCGCCAUUGUUCUUCUGGACAUCUGCCUCAUCGUCGACGUCCCUGUCAGCUUUGUGACAACACAGCUCGAUCGGAAGACCCUCCAAUUCAUGGAGUCUGCCGAGGUAGCUGUUCACUAUGCCGUUAGCUGGCUGGUCAUUGACCUACUAGCAGCAUGGCCACUAGGUUGGUCAGCGGCACCUCAGUCGGCUCCGUACUUCGUACACAGGGCGAUAAAGCUGGUGAAGAUUCUAAAGCUCCGCUACUUCGUGCCCCGCCUGGAGGAUCAGAUUCAGAAUCACAAGCUGUCUUGGCUGAAGAUGUCGGGAGCCAUGCUGCUGCUUGUCCAUUCGUUGGGCUGUGCAUGGUACUGCGUCCGGAACAGCCUCAUCUACCCCGGCCAGAGUGGCGAUGCAGACGACUACGUGGCGGACAUCUAUUUCGUUGUCAUGGCUUUGACGAGCGUCGGCUUCGGCGAUAUCGUUCCCAUAGGAUCAGGAGCGCGGUUGUACUGCAUCAUGGUCAUGCUGGCCUCCUCGCUUUUCUCGGGGGUCCUCGUCGCCUUCGUCGCUCAGUCUCUCCGCACCGUCUUCGACGACGAGGUGGAGAAAUACGUCUGGCAAGCAUCGGAGUUCAUGCGAAAGCGGAAGGUGCCUUCAGAUUUGCAGAAGCGUGUGGAGCACGGCUUGCGUCAAAAGUUCCAACAGGAGCUGAGCCUUUCUGUGGCUCCGAAGAUAUUGUCCAAUCUGUCGCCGUCCAGCCAGCGGGAGCUCGCUUUAGAGUUGCUCCGAUCGGCGGUUAUGGCUUUCCCUGUUUUCCAGGAAGCCCCAGAAGGUUUUGUGAGUCAGCUGGCAUCAGCAUUUAAUUGGGUCCAAUCCCUUGCUGGUGAUCUCGUCGUUGAGGAAGGACAGCUUGAAGAAGAGCUUGUCUUUGUCAUCGAAGGAACCCUCCUGAAGCUCCAGUCGGCGACAGAGGAGGAACUGGAAGCACUCGGGGAGGACAGCUCGGAGGAGGAUGAGGAUUCUGUGGAGUUCGAUGGCAUCAAGAAGAUGGAGAUGGGCCGAGGGGCCUGGUUUGGCGAAAGAUGCCUCUUCCAGGAUGAUAGCCUUCGAGAUUUCACUGUCAUCACCGACGUGGACUCCGAGUUGGCGGUGCUUGCCGCAGUGGACUACAUGCGGAUACUGAAACUGUAUCCUCGGCUCCAUAGGCAGCAUGAGCAGCUUGUCACCGCCAUAGAAAAGAGGAAGAUGGAUUUGGCCGAUCUGUCCUACAAGGCGAUCGAACAAGAUCAAGUCGGUGUCAGAGGAUGCCUGGACCGUUGCCUGAGCCUGUUCAGACGCUGA